UUAACCCACUAAUCCCAUAAAAAAAUUUUAAAAUUAAAAAUAGAAAAAAACCCAGACUGAAUUCUCAAUUUUCUUUCCUUUUUCAAUUUGUUUUUUUUUUUUUCUAUACACAAAACUGUUGAUGAUUAUGAUGAUGAGAAUGAUCAUCAACCUUACUGUUGUUCUUGAAGCUUUCUUCUGAAUCUUUGGAUAUAUAUACAAAGUUUUUGUUGUUGUUGUUGUUGUUGUUGUUGUUUGAGCUUAGGAAGAGAAGAAGAUGGCUGAUAUCUUAGAAGAAAUCAAGAAUGAGACAGUUGAUCUUGAGCGGAUACCAGUUGAGGAGGUAUUUGAACAGCUGAAAUGUACAAGAGACGGUUUGACAACAGAGGAAGGGGAGAAGAGGCUCCAGAUCUUUGGCCCAAACAAGCUGGAGGAGAAAAAGGAGAGCAAGUUGCUUAAGUUCUUGGGCUUUAUGUGGAAUCCCCUGUCAUGGGUGAUGGAAGCUGCUGCUAUCAUGGCCAUUGUUCUGGCAAAUGGAGGGGGUGAGGAUCCAGAUUGGCAAGAUUUUGUUGGAAUUGUAGUGUUGCUUUUCAUCAACUCCACCAUAAGUUUUAUAGAAGAGAACAAUGCAGGGAAUGCUGCUGCAGCACUGAUGGCUGGUCUUGCUCCCAAAGCCAAGGUUCUGAGAGAUGGCAGAUGGAGUGAGCAGGAGGCUGAAAUCCUGGUCCCUGGGGAUGUGAUCAGCAUCAAGUUGGGAGAUAUCAUCCCAGCCGAUGCCCGUCUCCUGGAGGGCGACCCUCUCAAAAUUGAUCAGGCUGCACUCACUGGUGAGUCCUUGCCUGUGACAAGGAACCCCGGUGACGAAGUCUUCUCUGGCUCCACCUGCAAGCAAGGUGAAAUUGAGGCUGUUGUAAUUGCCACUGGGGUGCACACCUUCUUUGGUAAGGCUGCUCACCUUGUUGACAACACCAACCACCAGGGCCACUUCCAAAAGGUGUUGACUGCCAUUGGGAACUUCUGUAUAUGCUCCAUUGCGCUUGGCAUAAUAGUAGAAAUAGUGGUGAUGUACCCAAUUCAGAGACGCAAGUACAGGGAUGGGAUCAAUAAUCUUUUGGUGCUUCUCAUUGGAGGAAUACCAAUUGCCAUGCCAACAGUGUUGUCAGUGACAAUGGCCAUAGGUUCUCACCGUCUGUCAAAGCAAGGUGCUAUCACAAAGAGGAUGACAGCAAUAGAAGAGAUGGCUGGAAUGGAUGUUCUUUGCAGUGACAAGACUGGGACUCUCACCCUCAACAAGCUUACAGUGGACAAAAGCAUGAUUGAGAUAUUUUCAAAGGAUGUGGACAGUGACAUGGUGAUUCUGCUUGCGGCUAGGGCUUCCCGGGUUGAGAAUCAGGAUGCCAUUGAUGCCUGCAUUGUGGGAAUGUUGGCUGACCCCAGUGAGGCAAGAUCAGGGAUAACAGAAGUACACUUUCUGCCAUUUAACCCAGUGGAGAAGCGUACAGCCAUAACAUACAUUGACUCUGAUGGCAACUGGCAUCGGGCUAGCAAAGGCGCGCCAGAACAGAUCAUUGAGCUCUGCAACCUCAAGGAUCAUGCAAAGAAGAAAGCUCAUGCCAUCAUUGACAAGUUUGCUGACCGUGGUCUUCGCUCUCUUGCAGUUUCUCAACAAACAGUACCAGAGAAGAACAAGGAAAGCGCAGGAGGACCAUGGCAAUUUGUUGGUCUUCUGCCUCUAUUUGACCCCCCAAGGCAUGAUAGUGCAGAGACCAUUCGCCGGGCCCUUAACCUCGGUGUCAAUGUAAAGAUGAUCACUGGUGACCAGCUAGCCAUUGGCAAGGAGACCGGUCGCAGGCUUGGCAUGGGAACCAACAUGUACCCGUCUUCUUCCCUCCUUGGACAGAGCAAGGAUCAUAGCAUUGCAGACCUCCCCAUUGACGAGCUCAUUGAAAAAGCUGACGGCUUUGCUGGUGUCUUCCCUGAGCACAAAUACGAAAUAGUGAAGAGGCUGCAAGACAAGAAGCACAUAUGUGGGAUGACCGGAGAUGGUGUGAAUGAUGCCCCAGCUCUAAAGAGGGCAGACAUCGGCAUUGCUGUAGCUGAUGCAACUGAUGCAGCCAGAAGUGCAUCUGAUAUAGUCCUUACAGAGCCAGGACUGAGUGUGAUUGUGAGUGCUGUACUGACCAGCAGAGCCAUUUUCCAGAGAAUGAAGAAUUACACCAUCUAUGCAGUUUCCAUAACCAUCCGAAUCGUGCUGGGGUUCACACUCAUCGCUCUUAUCUGGAAAUUCGACUUCUCACCCUUCAUGGUCCUCAUCAUAGCCAUACUUAAUGAUGGAACCAUCAUGACCAUUGCUAAAGACAGGGUGAAACCAUCUCCUCUUCCUGACUCCUGGAAGCUCAGGGAGAUCUUUGCCACUGGCAUAGUCCUUGGCACCUACCUAGCUGUCAUGACUGUUGUUUUCUUCUGGGCUGCUCAUGACUCUAACUUCUUCUCAGAUAAAUUUUCAGUAAGAUCAAUCAGGGGAAACAAGCAUGAGCUAACAGCAGUUGUGUACCUCCAAGUGAGUAUCGUGAGUCAGGCACUCAUCUUUGUUACUCGAUCUCAGGGCUGGUCUUUCAUUGAACGCCCCGGUCUCCUGCUAGUGAGUGCCUUCCUAAUAGCACAGUUGGUGGCUACAUUCAUUGCUGUAUAUGCAAACUGGGGCUUUGCAAAGAUCAAAGGUUGUGGAUGGGGAUGGGCUGGUGUCAUCUGGCUUUACAGUAUCGUCUUCUACUUUCCUCUAGAUAUUCUCAAGUUCUUUAUUCGGUAUGCAUUGACUGGCAAGGCCUGGGACACACUCCUCCAGAAUAAGACUGCCUUCACAACAAAGAAGGAUUAUGGAAGAGGAGAGAGGGAGGCACAAUGGGCUUUGGCUCAGCGCACACUGCAUGGCCUCCAGCCUCCACAGACAUCCGAGCUCUUUACUGAAAAGGGCAACUACAGGGAGCUGUCUGAAAUGGCUGAACAGGCCAAGAGGCGUGCUGAAGUUGCAAGGUUAAGGGAGCUUCACACAUUGAAAGGGCAUGUUGAGUCAGUGGUGAAGCUGAAGGGACUUGACAUCGAGGGCAUUCAACAGCACUACACUGUUUGAGUCUUUGAGAAUGAAAGCUAAUUGAGGAUGGAUUUUGUAGGCUAAAGGGAAAGUGGAAGUUAGCUCCGACGCACUUCUUUUUCUUCUUCCUUGAUUUUCCUCUAGGAGAAUAGAAGGAUGGAAGGGCUAGGGAAUAAUCCAAUAAUGAGAUUGUUUUCUCAUAUGAUGAUGAUGAUGAUCCAUUGUUGGAAGAACACAAGAUGUCAAGAGGAUUAAAUGAUGUUAAACGUGACAUUAAUUUCUUUCUUUUUCAA